AGACCCAGACUUGGAAGCCGCAAAAGCAGCGGCACCAUGAUUAUUCCAAGAGACAGCCCGCGUGUCGAAAUGGCACCUGGCGAAGAAGAAUAUGAGCCCGAUGAUGUCAGAAGCAUGAGUCCUAGACGGACCAGCGAGGUCAUCGAGAAGUUGGGCGAAGAUGCGCGACGCAAUCUCAUCGAACAAGCCCAAGCCUUGAGAGCAAGUCUGAUGGCCAUCGUCGAUCGUGUCGAGGCUGUCAAGAUAGAGCACGAGAAGCUCGAGGGCGGCAACAAAUUCCUCCAAUCAUACAUUGGUGAAUUAAUACAGACCAGCAAGAUCACUUCGGCUGCUCCGUCCAAAAAGGGCAAGAGCCGUAAUGUGAAGUAA